AGAAAAAAAAAAAAAAAACACUGCAGCCGCCAUUUUGCUUGUGGCCGAACGCGGCAGCUAAGGACUCUACUACAGUACAUUAAUCGCAGACCAUUUUUAAUCAAGAACCUGGUAAUUCUUCCUGUAUCAAUAUAUGAUAUUUAACAGUUGUGUGUAUUGUAUGAUGUAUUGUGGGUGUGUAUGGGGAUUUUCUUGUAAUUACAGUCAAGGUAAGGGUGGCCAAAAAUAUAGUACGUAGGCCUCUUGUUUCCUUCCACCAACAAAUCCAUAUUUUACAAUGCUAAACUUAAAAAAUACAUAGCAUUUUCGUCAUUAUGUUAUUGCUAUAGUGUCUAACAAGCAAUAAUCGUUGAAAUAUUUUGGUUGUAUUAUUUUUCCUUCGUCUACCCUUCGACUAAUAGUAGUGACUUUUCAACAGCGCCAGGGAUCGUUGUUUUUACUUGAAUAUUUUUUAUUUUUAUUUUUUUACAACGUACACAUCGUGGCUGUUAAAGUCGCCAUCUGGAUUUAACCAAACAAUUAGGUAAGAGUCUUCCUUUGAAUAAUUGCUACCGUGGUUAGCGUGUUUCAGUAGCUUCUCUUUUGUGGUCAGCUCAUAGUUGCGGGACAUAGGAUACAGUGUGCGUUAAAGAAAGCAACCAAGAAGGUUGCUGAAACAAAAUACAUUUGGUUACUGAUGAAUUCAUGAAACCAGGAAAAUCGUGUGAAGUGAUCAUCAUGAAAGGUGAACUGAGAAUAAUCAUGAAUAGAUGUGAUUUGAUGUCACGUAAAUUCUCGGAGAAAUCAAAUUGUAAUAAAGUAAUAAUGAAUAGUAUUUUGAUCAACAAUUUGACAAUAAAUUAUACUGUAUAUGAUAGCAGGUUGUCUGGAACCAGUAUUGAAAGUGACUUGUGCAUGCCAAUUUUAAUUUGAUUUUGAAUGUUGUUUGAUGCAGUUUAAAAUGGAGGCAAACCAUGAAAGACGUUAAUGUCAACUGUAUUUCAAAAGUUAAACAUAGGAUUAGUUCACUGAAAUAUAUUAAUAUAUUAUGAUUUGAUAAUGUAAUAAGUGAAGUGUUGGGAUAGUCUAAAAAAAAGAUGAUUUCAUGAUGUUUGUUGUACAGUACCUAUAUGCAGAAAUGUUAAAUUUGUGCAACAAUAACCCUUUCAGUCCUGUGGGGAGUGUUUUUGAUUGAUUUUUUUUAGGUUUAAAUCCAUCCUUUGGCCCUUUGCUGUGAUCCCUGGAAAUGGAAAACAUACCUUCCUUUGGGAAUACAUGGGCAGAAGACUUUUUUUCUUUCAGCAUUGGUAGCUAACACCUGGCCAUUUCCCCUUCCUUUGUCACUGAAAUGUUUCCAAGUGCGCAAAAUUUCAACCAGCCCAAGAAGAAUUGUUUUCAUCAUCCUCCAGUCUGCACUUGUGCCCUUUUUGCGACAUGAGAUUAAGCAUUUUUCUAUCUUUCCCCCCCCUAACGUAAAGCCAUUUUUUUAUUAAUUCAUUUUAUGAAAAUUAUUGAACAAAAUUAAAGAAAUAAAAGGAAAAGGACUUGAAGCCAUCAUCAGUAAUGUUAGGCAAUCUACCAGAGAUAACUGCCCUGGGUGACCCCGUCCCCCCACCCCCAUUUCCCUCUUAUCUCAUGGAUCAAGUGUUCCUCCAGGACUUCAUACUGAAACAAGGACACCCCAUCCUCAACCAACAAAGGAGGAAUACAACGUCUACCCACUUCAGGGAGUCCUGUUGGCCUGGAAGAAGCCGUUGCUGAGUUCGGUCAUAGCCAGAUUGGUGCCAAUCAAGUCUUAAACACCAGCCUCAUAAUGACUAACCAUGGAGAUGACUGCUACUUCUUUUACUAUUCGACCUGCACCAAAGGAAACAGCUGCCCCUUCAGGCACUGCGAAGCAGCAAUGGGCAAUGAGACUGUAUGCAAUCUGUGGCAGGAGGGACGUUGCUUCCGAAAUGUCUGCAAGUUUCGUCACAUGGAGAUCACGAAAAAGCGGAAGGAAAUACCAUGUUAUUGGGAGACCCAUCCAGCCGGCUGCCAGAAACCUCACUGUGCGUUUUUCCAUGAAAAGCCACGUUAUGUUGAUGGCAUUCUUAUCCCACCUGACAUAAGUCAAAGUGAGAAUGAUGAACUGCUCCAUGAAGAGCCAUCCUCCCUGCCAGCUACACCUCUCCCUACUGGAGCCAAUCCCCAACUGAGAGGCGUCAUGAAGACUGAAAGCCAGGAACCAGUCCCAAGCCCGACUCAUCCACCAGUGGUUAUUAAUCCAGCAGAUGAUGAUGAGGAUGAAGAUGACCAAUUUUCUGAGGAAGGAGAGGGCCCUUCCCCAAGAAAAAGAUCCAAGCCUGAUGAAUCACACAACUUUGGAGUGAGCACCCUGGAGGAUAUCCGGCUGAGGAAAGCCCUCAAAGCGGGCACAAAUAGAGCUAUUCCCCCAAUACAGAGUGCUGAUAUUUCUGUAAAUGGCGAGAAAGAAAACUUCAUUUCAUCCAUCCGGCUACCCUUUCAUACAUCUAAUGAAGAAAAGCUCGUCUUUGAAGAAACUUUGAGAUCAAGAAGCACUGUUGCUGACAGGCUUGGGAGACAGAGGGACCCCAUUUGUCUAAUACAUGGGGAGGUUGUUCCUAUGAAAAACAGUCUGGCAAAGCGUUUGGGUAGAUUUGUGAAAGAAGAAAACGCACAAACGCCCUAUCAGAAAGGUAUGAAGUCGAUUAAGGAAAGACUAACAUUGCCUGCUGCUCCUUUUGCAGUCAGUCAAGCUGCAGAGACCAGCACAGAAUCAAAGAGCACACCUAAGCAGAUUCACAUCAAAACUCUGGAAGAAAUAAGAAUGGAAAAAUCAGUAAAGUCUCGUAGCCAGAAAGACGGUCGUCCUCCAAUCGGUACAGAAAUUGCUGUAACCAAGACAGGCCACAUUCAGACACCCAAGGCUGUAAAGCGAGCAAUUUAUAUCAAACAACAUUCUAUUGAACACAACAAACCUCCCACUGAACUCGUCCACACAAAGAAGAAAAGAAAAGAGGAUCAGCAGGAGCAGAACCUCGAUCUUAAGAAGUUGAAACCAACAGCUGACAAAGUCCCUGACAAAUAUCAGCAAGAGCCAGCAGUGCAACCCCCUGAUUGCCCAAAAGCAGGGGAGGUUAGAGUGAAGACCUUGGAGGAGAUCCGCAAAGAGAAGGCAGCCAGAAUUCAGUCUGAUGAAAUCAAGAGUGCCAACACAGAGGAGAACGGUGCUAAGAAGCCGCGAUGGCUGCAAAAUGAUAAACUGACCUCUCAGCGUGACAUCACAGCAGAGAAGAGUGUUGAGACUAAAAAGACAAAAGCUCCUGUUGCUCUUGAGACUGCCUCCAAGAUUGUCAAGGUCAAAACAUUUGAGGAGAUUAUGCGUGAAAAACAUCUCCGCAAGCAGGAAAUGGUUGAGCAACCUUCAAUCAGCCAGCAGGUUUCUAACGCAGAGCCUUCACCAAAACCAUUAGCGGGUAGUAUGCUGAAGAGGAAGAUUCUUCCACCACCAGGGUCUUCAUCUCCUACCCGCAGCAUUCCGGGUAGUAAUAAUGUCACACCCACCCCAAACGCCUCUGUUUGCAAGCUGAAAACUGUCAAAUCUGAUACGGAGUCCUCUCUAAAAAACACUACGACAGCUGUCGUCACAACUGGGACCUCGGUUCUUUUGAGCACUUUUACCCUUCCUCACGAAGACACCCUCUUACUGAGUCCAGGAAGCUCCAGUAAAGUCCCGUAUAAAAACACAAGGAGCUUAAUAUCACCAUCCUCAGCCAAGCAGACAAUUCCAGAGAGACUCAAUUGUCCACUGGUAGAGAUUCCAACUACUGAUGAAACUCAUACCACAGACAGAAAAGUGCGGCCCAAAUUGAACGUGAAGCCGUCUGUUAUGAAGCCUUCCUUGGAAGUGAAUACAGGCCAGAAGAGAAAGAGAGCAGCACGGUCUGCUGUAGCUGCUGUUAAACCACUGAACAGCGCAUCCAGAGUUUUAGAGGAAUCACAGGAGGAGACUGCAAGGAUGGACUUACAGGUUUUAGCGGCCUCCGGUAAAGAGACAGUGCUGAGAUCUCCAGUUUCCUGUAGUCCCACCACAUUGUUGGAACCCAAACGGAGCUCAAGUGAGGAGGCACAGACCAUCCAUGUUUCAAAACACAGUCCAAGCCAAGAAACCAAGUUGGUUGUCAGUCUUUCUACUACCACUGAUGCCUAUUCUGCCCCUCAAAGCUCUGUCCUGAAGACUACUCCUCAAAGUAAAUCACGGAGACAGAGUGUGGUAGGGUCACGCAACUCAACCUCGGCUGCAGAUGACUUCGAGGAGCUGAUCAACGAAUUCACAGAUGAUCAUCUAGAUGGAGAUGUGGACCCUGGCAUUGGGGAGGACGAUCUGCUGCAGGAACUGUCAGACAUGAUUGACAGCUGAGGCAGUUUUUCCCAUCAAAGAAAAUACCCUGACCCAACUCAACAACACCAACAAUGUUAGCUGGCUAAAUAUAUUUAUACAGAAACCCCUUCUUUCCCCCAUUUACUUAGGAUUUAUGUUUGUUGUCUUUUUCUGUAAUCUUUUCCGAAAGCAGCAUUAACAGUACCUGGUAGGUUUUAAGUGUUGAAAAAGACAAACACGAUCAGAGAUAAUUUGUAUGCACUAGGAAAAUAUAAAUAUAAAAAAAAAAAUUCUGCUGCUCUUUCUGCUUUGUUCUAGCAAGCAUUGUCACUUUCAUAUUGACUUUUAUUUAAAAGGAGUGAAUGUGAAUGUUGUUUGUGUUGGAAAUCUCACGUCGCUUUCUGUGAUUUUUUUUUUUUUUUUUUUUUCUCUCCCCCCCCCCCCUCUAAAAUGUAUAUUCUUUAUUUCUUAAACCAUUACCAGUAGAUUUAUUCAGUGGGCCCAAGUUAAAAUGGUUUAUGUUGACGCCUCAGGGAACGAUUUUUAUGUUUGUAUGCAUCUCUGAGAAAUAUUUAAGCAAUGCAGUCUUUUUUUAUUUUGUCAUUUAUUGCAUUGCUUUGAAAAGUCUGAGAAAAGAUCUGUUUAUCACAACACUUUUCUUCAAGUUCACUGUUCAAAGUGGUUUCUCCUAAUGACUGUAAAUAAAAAAUGAUUUUAUUUAACA